UAUUUUAAGUAUAUUUAACGCCUAAAUAUUAACAAAUUUCGGUGUUAAUAGAGGUCACACUUGCAAAAUUCUUUUCUUCACAAAUGAAACUCCAUGAGAUUGAUCCCACAACCAGCAACAAUGGCAGACGCCUUCGCCGGAGGCUAAACAACGAAGAACAAGAUCGAUUAAGCUCACUUCCAGACUCCAUUCUCACCGACAUACUCUCUCAUCUCCCAACCAAUUCCGCCGCCACCACCUCCGUCUUAUCCCACCGUUGGCGCCACCUCUGGACCACCGUCACCUGCUUCCAAUUCGACUUCGAUCUCUCCGAACAAACUUCAUCAAACAUCCUCUUAAUCGUCAACAACAUCUUACAACAGAUGAUCGCCCCAAAACUUUAUGGAUUUCACCUGGUAUUUCCAUCGGAAUCUAACUUAGAUCAACCUGAUGCUGCUGAACAAUGCUUUCGAACAAUUUUUCGCCGAAAAGUUGAACAAAUUGUGUUCAAUGCAGGAUUCAGGAGUUUCUUUAGGGUUCCUGCUGCUUGUUUGUUUGACUCGCAAUCUCUGGUAAGUUUGAAAUUGAUUGGUAUGCUUAAGAUUGAAUUGCCUGAGAAUAUUGAAAUUCGGCUUCCUAAUUUGAAGAAGCUUAGUUUAUGCUAUCUUCUCGAUGUUCCGAUCAUGUUGCGUAAUAUGUUUGAGUUUUGUCCAUUGUUGGAAGAUGUGCAAUUGAGUUUUGACUUGAUUUCUUUGCCACAACCCCAGAAUCCACAUUCUUUGGUGAAUGUGUUUUCGCCGAAUUUGAAGUCAUUGGAUAUAUGUAUGAAUUCGUGGUGUCAUCUGAAACGGAGUCGGAUUUUUAUUGAUGCGCCGAAAUUGGCAAACAUUAGGGUUAGUGAUUGUUAUUCGUUUUAUUCCUUUGUCCAAUAUCCAACUGCAUUAGCUAGUGCUUGUAUUGACUUGAAGGGGAAUUCAAUAGUCGAGUCUAAUGAUUUUGAGUUACAAGAUGAAGAGGAUCUGUAUGUUAAUGGGAUGUUCGAGUUUUUGGAAAGAAUGUCUAGUGUUGACAACCUUGAGCUAAUGGUAGGAAAACGUACCAAUAUAUUUACCCGUCUUGGGGUGGAUAUGCCAAUCUUUAAUAAUCUAGUGCGUCUUAAAGCAAAUUGUUUCAAGGAUUUGAUGCGUUGUUUACAUAAUUUUCCAAAGUUAGAGCAUCUUGAGGUGAGCUUAUGUUCGGAAGAUUAUGAUGUUCCAACAGAACAGAGGGAUUGGUAUGCACCAUAUUCUGUACCAGAUUGUUUGGUUAGUAAGCUUAAGACUGUACGAAUAGAGGGACUUAAGGGGAUUGACGAUGACCUUAAGUUGCUAGAGUACAUUCUACGUAAUGCAAUGGUUUUGGAAAAGCUUUGCACAACAAUUCGUUUCAAGGUCGAACAUAGAAUGCGUUCUAAUGUGUUGAAGGAAUCUCAUUUCUAUAAGUCCUUGUACAAUCUUCCUAGGAGCUCCUCAACUUGUGAGGUUGUGGUUCCAAAGAGAGUCACAGCAUCAAGUGAUGUCUUCAAAAAUGGAUAUGCAACUUCUUGCUGUCCAAAUACCAAUAUUUAAGCUGUUGUAGAUAUUUAUACUCAAAUUAUAAUUUCUUUUACUCAUACAAUGGCUGUUUUAUUUUCUGUAUGUUAACUUCUUUUACUUAAUGGCAGUUGUAUAUAAAACGAGUUAUUGUUGGCUUAUAUUAUUCAUACAAUGGCUAUUGUAAUUUGUAAUUACUAAAUGUGAACUUAUUUUACUCAUACAAAGGUGGCUCUUUGAUCCAUGUAUGCCUCAAAUUGUUUUCUGUAAUGGGAAAACAUACAUCAUACACAUGAAUUUAGCUU